AUGAUGAACUUACGGCGUCGAUUUGUGAACCUAGUUGCAGAGAACUGCAUGAGCAGCGUGUGUUCGCUGCACCGCCUGGACGUCUCGCAGCGUCUCUUCUACCCGUCGACGGCGGAAGCAGAAGCGGCCAAACCAACGAUCUACAGGCUAUCGCUUCCCCCGCCGACCUACAAUUUCCAACCGGCGGUGGUCGGUAGGAACGUAGAGCAGCAUCUUUUCGGUCUGGCGAACCCCCGCAUCAGCGAGAGCAGGAUCCUCUGGAGAAGCCAGGAGGGGAACACCUUCCUCUACGACGCCGACUCGCACACCGCCUGGUCGAUGCCCAACGGCCUCCGCUACAAAGGUUACGGGCCCAUCGUCAUCUCCGCUCCCGUCCCCGUCGACGAUGCUGAUGCCGACGCCGACGCCGACAGUGCUCCUGGAGAACAAGAGGACCUCUUCGUCAUGUGCUCCAACAGUGGCUACCCCAGCUUCCAGGUGCUCAGAUUCGACCACUCCAAGCCAAAACCUUUCAACCCAAGAACUUUCACCGAUGCCGAUCCAUCAUGGGAAUGGAACAGCCUUCCACCUCCGCCGGUGUCCGAGGGCUCCUCCAUCUACACCCACGCGGUGCUAGACGGCGGCCGUGUCAUCUGCGUGUCGGCCUCCCCUUUCGGCGGCACCUACCUGUUCGACACGGUGGGGCGUGAGUGGAUGCGGCAGGCCACCAGCGACUGGCAUAUGCCCUUCCUCGGUGCGCCCCAGUACGUCCCCGACCUCAAGCUGUGGCUGGGUGUCUCCUGGUCCGGCGACGAGGACGACAGCGACAGGCACCACCUGUGCGCGUCGUCGGACCUCGGUGGCGCCGUCGAUGCUGCCACCAGGGGUGAAUACAGACCGUCGGUGACAGUGACGCAUCACUGGAAGGAAGGCCUCGAGACGCCCGUGGGGUGGAACACGGCCUCGGCCGAACUCCUCGACCUUGGCGAGGGCAGGUUUUGCAUUGCCAAGAUCAUCUAUGAGGUGGUCAAGGACGAUUACCCUGAGUACCAGAAUAGUGUAGGCAAGACAGCAGCUUUGCUCACUGGUGUGGAGAUGGUUCGUGGCGCAGGCGAUGGUUGCAGUUCCAAUCCCUCUUCCUCUUCAUCAUCGGAAGAAGGGUUCAGGAUGGUGGUGCACAAGUCACUGCGUUACAUCUUCCGUCGAGAAAGUAUCAAUUGGGUGCUAUAA